UGGAAGGUUCGUGGACGGUAGUCUACAAAAUCCAAAGUAACAGUGGAGCUCAUCCUCUAGAGAUGUUCAGUAGCACCCAAGAGGAAAGGAAUGCAUCCUUUCCCUCGCAAUGCAUGACCAUGGCUAAAGUUCCCGGAUGUUCUACUCCCUAUCGAGCGGGACUCAUUGACGCUUGGGAAGAACUAGGGGUACAAGAGGUUCGUUUUACGAUCAUUGUAAACUCCACAUGGACACAAGAGAUCGUCUUUAAUGGGCUUGAUUCGAACAAAACUUCUUGGUACUCCGGAAAUCGAGUCGAGUCCUCUAGCUGGACAGAUGUCACAGAUACGCAGACUUAUCUCUAUUUUUCUGUGAAUGGAUAUUCGAGCACUAGCGUCAAUCGACUAUGGGCCAUAACAUACUCUCAUGGUGGUUGCGAGGGAGACUUGGGUUGGUUCAUGGCGUCCUACAAUCCAUUUGCCGGGUGUUCCUAUGAUAGGACUUUGGACUUAUCUCCUUAUCCAGUACUUCUAGUGUGUCCUAAAUCAACAAAAUGUAAAAUGCACUCUGAAACAGUGAAAGCUGAUGCGUUUGCUGUAGCCAUUAAGGCGGACAAAUUGAAAUGAUCCCGGAUGCAUACAUUGCCCCGUCCAUGCAUUACAAUCUACGCAACGGCGUCCAAUCUUUUGAUUGAUUUUGAUCAAUUUGUGUUGUCUACACUUUUAUCUACCAAUAAACCCUUGCUGAAUAAUGAACACAAAAAUUGCUGGUUUUCAAGAGAUAUUUUGUAGCUAUUGUCAGAUAAAUAUGAUGGUUUGCGAAUAUGGUGUGAUUAUUACAUGAUUUCUGGUGGAGGUGCAGCCCAUGACAACAAAUUCAUAUUAAUGUCGUAUUGAAAAUACCUUGUCACGAUGAUUACACUCCCUGAUAUCAAAAGUCCACUACGACAAAUGUUAUAACCAUAAACAGAGGUACAGCGAGAUUGACCGAUUUGACAAAUUUCUGAUUCCAAGGACGUACAAACGGCGACUGCUAAGCACGUUUCAUAAAUAUUUACAAGUUAUUAUGCACAGGGCAUUAGCUGAUGGGUAUCCAUGCAUGCUGAAGUGAAAGGUCUUUACACUACUGAUACUUACUAUAUACAAGUAAAUAAAAAUUCACAUAUCAUGUAGGAUUACAGAUUUUUAAAACAAGGAAUGUGCGACAAAACUGAUAAGAAUUCUUCUGUUCUCUUUGUAUUUAAACGCUUCAAGACCAAUGGAUAUGAGCUCCUGUUUAUGUAUAACUUCUGCAAUAAAAGGUCACCUAAUUCAAUAAGAUGACUAAUUGCUAGCAAUUGGUCUGCGUCCAUCGUCGCACGACAUCAAUUAACAAUUUAGCAUUUUAACAUCAUCAUGAAUUGAUAACUACCAUGAUUCCAAUUCUUUUUAAAUUGGGUAUGUAACAUCAUUGGGACAAGAGGAACAUACAUUUUAAAUUUCAGAACUCCUGCUCCACCAGGAUCUUCAGGGCGGGGCAUACUGAUCAUAAACCGCACAUCAGUA